GUUUCACCCAGCUUUUUGGUUUCGAAGUAACAUUGAUGAUGGAUCUGGCUGAAAAAAUACAAGGAUCGGAGACUGAGGAGAUGAGUAGCAAAUGCUCUGACGCGGGUUCUUCGGAAGAAGGCCAGGCUAACGAUCCCAAGAAGAGUUGUACCGAUUGCAGGACUACGAAAACCCCCUUGUGGAGAGGCGGUCCUGCUGGGCCUAAGUCACUCUGUAAUGCUUGUGGGAUCAGAUACAGAAAGAAGAGAAGGGCACUCCUUGGCCUGAACAAAGGUGGACAAGAGAAGAAGAAAGAUGGAAGAAGUAACCAAAACAACAACAACAAAAAACUGGGUGUUUCACUGAAGCUGAGAUUAUUUGAAUUAGGGAGGGAGGUUUUUCUGGAUCGAUCAACCAUGGAGAAGCAGAGGAGGAAGUUGGGUGAGGAAGAACAGGCGGCUGUUCUACUGAUGGCCUUAUCCUGUGGUUCUGUCUAUGCCUAAGCAAUCCUUUAGAGAUAUUCUCUGUUUUCUUUUUGGGGAAUUUCAGUUUUUCUUACAAGUUUUGAUGUUGAUCCCUGUAAACCCUUUUGUUUUUCUUUCUUUUUUAUUU